AAAACUGUGCCAACUUGCAACUGUUCCCAACUCUUUUCCUUCAUCCAAGUGGAUAUUUUUUAUUCUCUAAUGCGUUCAUUGCAUUGACACGCUACCCACCCAAUCAACAAGCCUCGAUAGACAUUUGCCUUCACAAGCAAAAUAUCUCUCAAUUGUGGAGAUUGCAUCCCUGUGGCCUGUGUCUCCAAAACUUGAAGAUCCAGAUCCAAAACGGGCAAAACACCGAGUCACAGAAAAGCCCUUGAAUGGGCCAAUCGUCGCAAACCCUUGGAGGAGGCGACGAAGAAGAUCUAAACACUACAACCAACGGCCCGCAGGCCGAAGCAACGGAGUCGAAAUCGAAGAAGCUGAAGCUCGUCCCUUUGAUAUUCCUCAUCUACUUUGAAGUCUCCGGCGGCCCUUUCGGCGAGGAACCUGCAGUAAAGGCUGCCGGACCUCUGUUAGCCUUGCUAGGGUUCAUAAUCUUUCCGUUCAUAUGGAGCAUACCAGAGGCACUGGUAACAGCAGAGCUAGCGACUGCAUACCCGGGCAACGGAGGCUACGUGGUCUGGGCAUGGGCGGCGUUCGGACCCUUUUGGGGAUUCCUCAUGGGCUGGUGGAAAUGGAUCAGCGGCGUCAUCAAUAACGCAGCCUACCCUGUUCUCUGCGUCGAUUACCUCAAGAUUCUCUUCGCGGCCUUUAAUGGCGGUCCCGUCCGAAGCGUAGCGAUCCUGCUCUACACAAUUGCCCUGAGCUACUUGAAUUUCACGGGCCUCAGUAUCGUGGGCUGGACGGCCGUUACGCUAGGGUUAGUAUCGCUUGCCCCAUUUGUACUAAUGUUUUUCUUCUCAAUUCCGAAGCUGAAACCCUCACGGUGGGGGGUUUUGCCCCAGGGCGACAUGGACUGGUCGCUCUACUUCAAUACCCUGUUCUGGAACCUCAAUUUCUGGGACAACGCCAGUACGCUCGCCGGGGAGGUCGACAAUCCGCAGAGGACUUUCCCCCGGGCGCUGCUUUGCGCGGGGCUUUUGACCUGCGUGGGAUAUAUUUUGCCGCUACUGGCGGGCACUGGGGCGCUGGAAUUGAAUCGAGAUUUAUGGACCGAUGGGUACUUGGCCGAAGCUGCGGGGCUCAUUGCUGGAUCGUGGCUCAAGUACUGGAUCGAAUUGGGCGCCGUUUUGUCGACAGUGGGGCUGUUUGAAGCCCAACUGAGCAGCGCUUCGUUUCAGCUGUUGGGCAUGGCGGAAAUUGGGCUCCUGCCCUCUGCCAUGGCCAAACGCUCGUCUUACAACACGCCCUUCCUGGGCAUCCUCUUCUCGGCCGGCGGCACGCUGCUUUUAUCGUACCUGAGCUUCACGACGAUCAUAUCGGCCGCCAAUUUUCUCUACAGCUGCGGUAUGCUGCUGGAAUUUGCGUCGUUCCUGUGGCUGAGGCGCAAGUUUCCGGCCCUGAAAAGGCCUUACAGGGUUCCCACAGGGAUACCCGGAUUGCUCUGCAUGUGUGCGGUGCCCGUGGCAUUCCUCAUCUUUGUCAUGACCCUGGCUGACUCGGCUGUCUACGUCCUCAGCAUCUCUGUUACGGUGGCGGGCAUUUUGGGGUACUUUUUGAUGAAGACCUGUAAGAAGAGGAAUUGGAUUGAUUUUGCUGAUGGGAUUGGUGAGAGUGAGAAUCGAAACGAUGCCCAGUCGGUGUACGAAGGUCUCCUGCAUUCUCAGUAAUGCCCAAAAGCUUUACAAGGUGCCCCCAAACUGAAUCAUACGCCGCCGCAUUAUUUGUUGUCUUAAAGUCUUUGAUUGUAUAGAAACUCUAUGGAUGUAUGUAUGCUUCAUUAUGCAAUGGUUUAGUUCGUUUUA